AUGCCGGGACGCGGACUGCGGCCUCCGGAGCCACCGCCGCCACCGCUAUCGCCGCCGCCGCCGCCGCCGCCGCAGCUCCGCCCCUUCCGGCGGCGCCUCCCGACGGGGGCUGAUGCGGGCGCCGCUCAUUGGCCCGAGCCGACGGCUUGCCACGUAACGGGCGCACGGAGGCCGCGGAGGGACAAGGCGGAUGCUCUGAGCUCGGUGAAAGUCCUGGUGGAGAUGACUCCCCGUGAGGAGGAGGACCUGUCUAUUGUGAAGGUGGUGGUAACUGCUGCCGUCUCUGAACAGACGUACAACAGGACACACUGGGUGAUGACCAGAGCUGCCAAAUCACAGUGCAUUCUUGGGAGUCCCUGGGCUCCAGGGCAAAGGAAUAAGCCGGGCUUCCAUGAUAUUAACAGAACAGAGGAGAGACCUGAAGCAGAGCCUUCCCAAUGGAAAUGGAGCAGCACACUGAUGAGUCUCCGGAAGGGGCACAGGGAGUGUGGAGUCCAUACCAGCAAGCUGGCACGGAGAAAAAAGGUCGAGCGGGGAGCUAAAGAAGAAGGGCCAGGCAGUUUUUACACUCUGCCGGGAAGAAUGUGUGUUGCUGUCCAGGGGGGAAGGUGGCUGACCAGCUCCUGUGAGGUUCCCGCGACGGGACAGUUCAGCUAGAGUUUGGCAUGUGGCAUCUCAGCUCCCUCGCUGAGGUACGCCACAGGUGUGCAGAAGGGGAGCUGGACUUGAGUGAGAACCAGUGGGAGCUUUUUA